CCUGCAGAAGCAUCGUCUGUCAUAUUUCUAGCAGAGGAUUUUUAGGAAACUAUAUUAAUUACAUAGAAAUAUCACAUAAAAAUAAACAUUAGCACACAUGUUGUGGUCAGAAGAAAUUUGCAAUGCCAGGGAUAGUAUUAUUUCAGAGGAGGUGGUCGUUUGGAUCAGAUGAUUUAGUAGUCCCAGCUGUAGUGCUGUUGUUUAUGCACAUUGCAUGGGAAGUAGUAUUAGCUGUUAUACUUGGAGUUGUAGAUUUUGAGCAAGCAAAGACGUGCACUGUUGGACUUGUUAACCUGAAGAACUAUCUCCUUGGUUACCUUGUUAUGAUAUCUGUGGCCAUAGUGAUAGAAGUUAUCAUUUUCUGGGUCAGUUUAAGAGGAACCAUUCUACAUGCUGAGCCCAGAGAUUGUAUGCAGUAUCUUCUGUAUACUAAAUUAGCUGUUCUUUUGUUUGAAUUUUCCUGGCAGAUAGUUGGCAUUUUAUGGCUAGUUAAACACUACCAGAGCUGUAAAUCAGAGUCUCCAAAGAAAGCUGCUUUAGCUAUAAUCAUUAUUAACUGGAUAGUAAUGUUGUCCAUAAUUAUAUCUACAUGGUGUACAUAUGACAUUGCUGGCAGGAAGUGGGUCAAAAUGAAGCGAUUCCAGGAAAGUCUGAAGGAGAAAACAAAACGAAAUAAAAGAAAUAGUGGCCGUCGUAACUGGAGACAAAGGAGUAGUUUUCUGAGGUUAAUUUUCCAUUACCGUGAUAUGGAGAGGUAAUAGCUUUAGUUGCAGUUUAUCCUCAUUAAUAUAGGGAUUUGACAUUAACAUUGAAAAAUAUAAAUUAUAUAUAUAUAUCAAUCUUUAUAAUAUUUUUAUACC